CCAAAAAAGACAAAGCCAACACGGCCGGCAGUCUUCGGCUCCACGCGCGUGGCGCCACGCGCGUCGCUCCAUGCGCGCGCUGCGGAACCUGUGGACGCGCACCACCGAUCUGCUGACGGGCUCGGCGGCGCGCGCCACGGCCGUGCAGCGGAUCUAUGUCAGUAGUGCAGAUCCUGCAGAGGCAGAGGAGGAGGUCGUGGCGGAGCCCGUCUCGACCACGCCGGCCUCGCAGCACCAUUCGCCGAAGCGAGGGCCCUCGACGGCCUGGAAGUCCAGCACGCAGGAGGACGUCAAGCUGGAGGUAGAAGAUCUGCCGGACGAUGCUCCUCACGUGGUGACCUUCUCGGAGGACGCGCGGAACGGCUACAGCGGACACGCACAAGAUCGUGAACGUUGGUUGGAGGCGACCAAGAUCCAGGCCAUGACGCGCGGACCCGAUGCCACCCGGAAGGAGCUGCGCCUCCCAGACUCUUCUCCUGAGCGGCCUGAGGGACUGAAUCCAUUGUGGAUGAGAGUCCUGAUCAAGAUGAUGAAGGGGACAUCAAGUCUGAUGAAGUUCCAAGGCAUCUUUGGUGACAACGCUAGUUCCAGAAUCUGCAACCGAAGAAUACAGCGUCUACCUCGUCUUGCGCUGUCACGGCCUGAAAUGCAAGGUGCGGGGUAUGCACUGCAGACCAUCACGACGUGCAGCACCUUGCUAUGGCAGAUCACAGGAGGUCGUCAAGGCCGUCUCCAGGCGUGGCGCUUGCACUUCUUGGCGUCUCACGGCGAUCUCGUCGCCAAAGGCUUCGCAUCGCCGCGUCGCGACGUCGCGGACCUCACGCAGCGUGGUGACGCACCUUCCUUGACUCACUGGACCUCACGCUUUGGGGCUGACCAGUCACCGAAGCGGCGCCUGGACUGGGCGGCGCACAGGAACGACAGAUGCGCACGGACCGCGAGAUGGCUCAGCCACCUCGCUCGGUGGUGCCUGUUACUUUGGAGGUCGUCCUGUCAGAGAAGCAGAGAUGCCAAGAGGCAAGCUAACAAGGGCCUACCAUGUCGGAAGCCUCCGUCGGAGGGUCCAUGUGUUGGAAGCUUAGCCUUCGAACGUGGAUGCAGCGAGACUAUUGAGAUGAAACACCAAGCACUUCGCAACAGUUCCUGAUGUAUCUCAUACCAGCUCCCCCGCUUCGGGGGUGGUUCCAUAGACACCCAUGAACCUCUGAGGUUAAGCUCUUAUUGGACACCCCUGAAACGGCCCGGCAUGGCCCGGCAGCCGGGCCUGGGGCCCGGGGGGGGCCACUGGUAGAAGCUCCUUCUCUUUGGACCAGGUCCCACACGGGCGUCUCGGGCCUCGCCGGGCUGCGCCGGGGAACUCUUGGGGGCGCUGCCACGCAGCGACGGAACCGCAACGCCGGCAACGAGGCAAACUCAGUGGGGUUAUGUGGGGUUAAGAUGGUCAAGCUACAUGCACACACAGAUGGAUAGACCAUGGUCUACCACAAAAUGUUGGUGAGUCUGGCGAUUGGAACUGAUGAUGAAUUGUAGAAAUCAGAGAAAGACCGACCUUAGUUGUUUUAUAAUUACAUGUGAUGGCAUGAAGCACUUGGACAUAUCAGGAAGUACCAGGCGGAGUUCCAUUUUCGUUUGGAUGAUUCCUGUUCCUGACUCGAUCGGUCUGACGUUUCUUCCCGUUCUCGAGCCUGUAGGGAGUCUGUGGGAGGUCUGGAAACCGCCACACCCAUCUCCCAGACCUGCGAAAGGUGGCACUCAUGUGGACGGGGUUUGGUCUAAGGGCUGGUGCUGGUGGGUCAUGAACACCUUUGUUCCGUUGGUUUUUGUAGGGAUAUGUACCCACAGGUGGUUCAAGAUGAACAUGCACAAAAAUAAAGAUGUUUUGAGGUACGGCAUUGAAGCUUGAGGCCAAACAUUCUGAUCGUUCCGUCACGAGCCGAGUCAUUAAAGCGACACUUGGGAUGAAACCCAAUAAACAGCAUAAAUGAAACCAAUGUGCAAAUAUUGUCCAAGUGCAAUAAACAGCAUGUCCACCCUUGCAGAACAAACCAUAUUGCACUUUUUCAUGUGAUACAAUAUUAAUUGGUUUCCAUAUGUGUUUCAUGUGCUUGCACCGGAAAAAACAUAAACAACACAAUGCCUAAAGCCUGAUAUAUCUUCUUUGUGUGGCUGUCUCAACAGAGGAACUCUCCGCCCCUUACGCUGGCGCUCUCCGCUUCUUCGUGGUUCGACCGACCCAGGCGAUCCAGGCGAGGUCUUCACCGAAGAGCUGAAGCGGUGGAACCGGCAUAUGACCGCGCAGGAAAGGGAAGAACCCAGACCCUGGAAUGGCAACGUGAGAAUGACCUGGACAAUUCACAUGGCGCGGACUUGACGCCAAGCCUAUCAAGCUCCUUCACCGCUGGCAUGAGGCCUGCCUCGACCUUGCCCAUUUCCUUGAAACCAUCAAGAUCACCUCAAAUUUGCAUUUGCGGGUUGUUUCACAAAAACAUCUCAAAGGGCGGCUGGUUUGAAGGAGUAGGUGCGCACUUGCCUUGCCGCAUGACCUGUGGAUAACGGACACUUGCUCUGCUUUCGACGGAGACUUUCACUCACCGGGCCGUAUCGGUAGCAGGCCGAAGCCGACCGGCAGCCGGGGUCUGGUCAUGGAACCUUCCGGUGGACCUCGCACAUGGCAAGUGGUGGACCUGUGGGAUGGUUUUGGGGGGACGAGUCUUUUGGAUGGCGACCAACACGACGAGCUGAGAAAAAAAGCACACUGC